UUACGUUUAGGAUGAGAAAUUCUGCAAUAAAAGCUGGGGCUGCUAGUCAAUGUGGGAGAAAAAAAGAAAAUCCUCUCAAUAUUGAAAUUAAUUGUGGUGGAUUGAUGAAUAAGUUAUGUUUUUAUUCUAUAAAAAUAAAAGAUCAAAACAAGAAGUAGACAACAGAGCCAAUGGAUAUGGUGAGGAUGUGGAUCCAUUGGUGUUAGUUUUUGACCUUGGGUAAAGUUUUUUUUUGUGGAUCUUUGUGCAUGGCGUUUUUAGUAUGCUUAUUAUAGGUUGUACUAGUCAUAGACUUAAGUUUGUUAAUAUGGAACCAAGCCCCAUCAGAGGUAGGAUAUCUUAAAAACUAUAUAAAGGUAUCUAAAUAUUUUCUUGUAUGGAGAACAAACCUGGGAGAAAAUCUUUGGCAAUGGCAACUAUGCUCUUUUGGAUUGUUUUGAUGCCAUUCUUACUGUAGCUGUGAUGUCUGGGAGUGGUUCCUACCAUCGUCCUUUAUUUUCUUCGAUUUCUACCUGCAGAAUUUUCAAUUUGAAUCACUAUUAUUUUCAUGAAUUUUUCUACUCAAAAGCCUUCUCCUCCUCCUUAACACCCAUAUCUUUAGGACUUACAUAUAAGCAAAUAAAAAAAUAAAAAUAAAAAGCCAUGAACAGCAACACAGUUGUUGUCCUAUCUGGAAGCAGCAUCAUCAGAGAACUCAACCAGACAACCACAAGCCAUUUAAGCUCUGCAUAACCUGGGAAAAAAACCACUGCACCAGUACCAGACCUUUGCCUGUCUCAAUGAGUUUGAAACAUAUCCUUGCAGCUCCUUUUCAUCCAAGUUGAAGUUUUAUAGUUCUAGCUGAAAAAUGCUCUUCCGCAUUCCUUAUUGGGUUACAACCAGCUGGUUUUGCUAAUUCAUGAAUUUUGCAAUUGCAAAAGACUCCGCAAGGCCUCCAGUUUAAUCAACAUGAAUUGUGCUAAUUCAUGAAUUAUGAAUUCUGUGGUUAUUAUGUUAUGGGCUUUUGCUUUUGAUUAGUCUCAAGAAAUAUUGCAGUUCCCCUGCACUUUUUUCCCCUUUCUUUUCCAUGGAAAUAUUAUUACUUCAUAUUCAUAAACUUAAUAGCCAAAGUCUAAUUUUACCUAUAUGGUUAGUCAUCUUUAUGUUAAGAAGUGAAACUGUAUUGCUAGUUUGCUACAUUGCAGUAUAUUAUCACAAAUUGUUAUGACACUUGUAUCUUUAAAAUGUUAUGUUUUUGGUUUCUGUCGCAGUGAAUCCCCAAAGGGUGCAAAUGAUGCAUCUACAUUCCAGAGGAAGCUUGCAGUGGAGUGCAUUUUUUGCUCGGCAUGUAUUCGCUUUGUGGAGUGCUGCCCACAAGAAGGGCUCACAGAGAAGCUAUGGAUUGGGCUUGAAAAUUUUGUGUUUGACUGGCUAAUCAAUGCUGACAGGGUUGUUAGCCAGGUUGAUUAUCCUUCAUUGGUUGAUUUGCGGGGGCUGCUUCUGGACCUAGUUGCACAACUACUAGGUGCUUUGUCUCGAAUCAGGUAACUAAUAAUUGCCAACU